AUGCCGGCCGGCCGGCGAGCCAAGGCGUACCCUUCGUCCUCCGCGCCCGGUGAUACCCAAUUACGCGAAUGCACAGGCACAUGCAUCGAAAGCUCAUGUCCUGAUGCCACGUGUUUCCUGACAUCGAUAAAUUUGAUUCCGUAUACUUGCCCUAGAAGGAAGAUCAGUGAAAAUUUGACGAUUAAAGUGCGCCUUCCCGAUGAUCAGAUUGUCACUGGGUGGAUAGAGAAUCCUGAGUUAUAUGUUCAUUUUUUCAUCGUCAAAAUCAAGAACGUUGAUGUUAUUGAUCCCACCCAUCUAUAUCAUCUAAGUCUUGAUCGUGCCACACAGUUUGAGCCUUAUAGGAAGGUAGCAGCUGUAUGGCGCUAUUAUGAUUCAGGAGAAUUAAAGACCAGAAGCGGAGUAGAUCUUGCCUCUGUAUUUGCUCGUACCGAUGAGAGGAUGUUAAGCACAUGCCGAAUCCAUGAGGUGGGGAUUGGAGGUCCCCUUGUUGAUUUUGAUGGCAACUUUGUUGGGAUGAACUACUCUCGUACCAAAGAACGAAAGACCCCCUAUGUACGAAGGCCUUCAAUUCGUGAAUUCAUGUGGUUUCGCGGGAUGGUCAGUGUUAAUAAGGAAGAGGUUGACGAAGCUGCAAGUGCAAGAAUUAAAAUUCGUUUUGGAGACCCAGGUCUCCUCAUGGCAGCAGGCGGGCAAUACAUAAAUCUUCUCGAUGAUAUGUUCAAGAAGGAUAUCUUGAGGAAACCAUUGGGAGGUUUUGGUUUAGAAAUGGAUCGAAGUGCCUACUCACUUGCUUCAGAAUCAAGCAAACGUCUUGCUUCAGAAAUGGAUCGUAGUGUUGUCUCACUUGCCUCAUUCAAUGGAUUUGCAAAGAAGUUUUCUUGCACAGGUGUAUUUAUAAAGUGCAAAAAAUGCUCUGCAACAAUUCUGACGUCAGCAAGUUUGGUUAGAGUUCCUGGCAGUGCACACAUGAUUGAUGAUAACUUAUGGAUUGAAGUUUGCCUUCCAGGCGGAUUUCGAGUUGUAGGGAUAUUGAACUGUUAUAAUUUACACUACAAUGUUGCUCUUGUUGACAUCAUGGGAUUCUGGCGUCCUCGUACAAUAAAAAUCCAUGGGCAUCCAGUUACCUCAUCUAUGGACGUAAUAGCUGUGGGUAGUCUUUUUGCACGUCGCAAACUAAUGGCUGUUGAGGGGAAGGUGUUGAUUGGCAAACAAAGCAAACUUGAUUGCAAAGAACUUUGUGUUUCCACCUGUGUAAUCACCAAGGCUGGGAUUGGGGGGCCUCUUAUUGACAAUGAUGGGAAUUUUGUUGGAAUGAACUUCUAUGAUGAGGAAGAAACCCCGUUCCUGCCGAGGGAUGUUAUUCACCGCCUCUUAUUGAACAAUAAAACACGGCCUAGUGCAGAUGAUACUAUUGUUGAGGGUGUUGAAAACAGCAACAGAUGGACGUUUCCUGGUGGGAGUGGGACACACGGAAACACUGAAUCUAUUGCAGAAAUUGAUGGAAACAAAUGGCCGUUGCCUGAGCCACGCUACGUCGGUCGUAGAGACAUCCAUUUGCCACUUCAGAAAUGGCCUCUGGGUCGCCGAAGGCCUCUGCCUGUGUGAUGUCACGUUGGUUGUAAGGCUGACGAUCGCUGCUAGUAUUGACGAUGUUUUCUUGUGCGUUGGUGCUGAGACCUCCAUUCUGAGCUGCUCGAGUACUAGUAGUAUUAAUAUUGCUUCCUCUAUAACGUGCUCCUAAUACUAGUAGUAGUAUGAUCUAUAGUGUUUUGUUGGUGGUUGGCUAUCAG